AUUUAAUUAAGUAUUAAACAAAAUGAGCGAACCAAAAUAGGGAACACCACUUAAAACCAUCGUCAGAAUUAUCAACCUGAGUUGUGCUGCAGCAAUAAUCGCCAUAACAAUAGUCGAUAUAAUAACAGUUGUCGAACUUCUUGCAUUUUGGAAUUGGAUUUUCAUGAUAUAUUAAUUGUAUGAGAAAUAUUUUAUUAAGCUUGUUCGCUUUGAUGAUUUUAGCAGCUGAAUUAAGAUUGGAUUUUAUACUCAAGUACUUUAGAUUUUUGGAAGGAAAUAUAGGGAAAGGUUGGUUUUUAAUUUUGUAAGCAUAUAAACAAUAUUUAAGCUGUGGAAUGUGGUUGAUUGGAUAAACUUUGGCAGCAACAAUAACCGGUAAUUAUUAUUGGAUAUUCAAGGGGGCUGUCUGAUAUUUUGUGGAUUCGCGACAAUUUUCAUCCUCUCAUGCAGCGUAACUAUAAUCCAUAAUAAUAUAGAAAUGAUGAUUGACCUUAUGAAUUUUAUAUAAAAUUAUUAAAAUAUCAGUAUUCAUUGUAAUAA